AUGGUCCUCAUGGCCUUUUCUCUGGCUUUGCUACCAGUUGCACUGGGGUAUCCGCACCUCCAGCCGCGGUUGGACAAUGGAGUCGCCCGGACGCCUCAGAUGGGAUGGAACACCUACAAUCACUACUCGUGUUCCCCAAAUGAGACUAUUGUACGCUCCAACGCCCAAGCCUUGGUGGAUUUAGGAUUGGCCUCGCUAGGGUAUCGGUAUGUCACCACCGACUGUGGCUGGACCAUUGCGGAUCGACUGCCGGAUGGAUCCUUGACAUGGAACGAGACCUUGUUCCCGGAAGGCUUCCCCGCGCUUGGGAAGUACCUUCAUGACCUCGACCUUCUUUUCGGUGUUUAUCAGGACUCAGGGAUCAAGCUGUGCGGCAGUCCUCCCGAUAAUGUCGGCAGUCUAUACCACGAAGAGCAAGACGCCAAGACCUUUGCAUCUUGGGAAGUUGACUCUCUAAAAUAUGAUAACUGUUAUUCCGACGCUGCAACGGGCUAUCCAAACGUCAACUACGAACCAAGCACAUCACCGCAGCCCAGAUUCGCAAACAUGUCGCGCGCCCUCGCAGCACAAAAUCGGUCCAUGGUUUUCCAAAUUUGCGAAUGGGGGAUUGAUUUCCCAGCACGCUGGGCACCGGCGCUAGGUCACUCGUGGCGAAUUGGCAAUGAUAUCAUCCCCCACUGGAGGGCGAUCUACCGAACGUUAAACCAAGCUGUUCCUCAAACCAGCUUUGCAGGACCUGGACAAUGGCCGGAUUUGGACAUGCUCUAUGUGGGCAAUGAUAUACUGUCUAUUCCAGAAGAACAAACUCAUUUCUCUCUCUGGGCCAUUCUCAAGAGUCCCUUGACCAUCGGGGCCGUGUUAAAGGAUGACGAGACUUCUAUAAAUGAUAAGUCCUUGCAGAUAUUGAAACAGGAAGAUGUUAUUGGUUACAAUCAAGAUUCACUGGGUGUGAGUGCUAGUCUCCGGAGACGCUGGACAGAAGAAGGCUACGAAGUCUGGAGUGGACCCUUGUCUGGUGGCCGUACUGUAGCGGCUUUGAUCAAUUGGAAGGACGAAUCCAGGGAUCUUACUCUGGACCUCCCUGAUAUCGGCUUGCAGUACGCUGGCGCUGUGAAGAAUAUUUGGGAUGGAUCUACCGCUCAAAAUGUAAAGACAUCCUACACCGCAAACGUCCAGGGACAUGGGACGAUUCUCCUUGAGCUUCAGGAUACUAUAGCUUCUGGAGACUAUUCGAGUGGCACGUUUGCGACAUCAAUUGGUUCUUCAACCACGUUUGAACAGAUCUACGGUGUAACUACAAGUACCAGGUAUAACAUCACAGUGAAACUGUCCGAAGGGGCUUCCUCCGGAGAUGUAAAAAUACAAUCGACGGCAAGUAAUAAGACCAUUACAGCACAAGUCUUAGCAUCAGGCACAGAAGCAUCGGCACAAAUACCCCUAGUUGUCGGAUCAUCGAACUCCAUUACAAUUACGUCCUCACAGUCCGUCGACUCAAUCAUAGUGACCCCUCCAAACGGCACAUACUACCCGAAUACAGCCUUCACCACAACCGGAAAUGCGGAAGCUGUCUCCUGCGGUGCAGGAUAUUGCCAGCCAGCUGGCUCUAAGAUAGGGAACAUCAGUGCGAACAGCACAGCUCGGGCCGUGAUCCCCGCUACGGCCGGAACGAAGUAUCUGGCGAUCGACUACAUCAAUAAUGAGGUUGCAUUCGAUUCGGCUUGGGAUUGGGGCUCCAACUCUAGGAAUCUAACUGUGAGCGUUAAUGGCAAUAAGCCAGUCAGACUCGAUGUUCCUUUGAGUGGCCAGCACAGUGAGUUGUUUGGGCCUGGAAAAGGGUGGUGGGAUGCGGCGACCCUAGGGGUAUUGACUGAAGGGUGGAAAGAUGGAGACAAUGACGUUGUCAUUGGAAAUGAGGGUGGUGAAACUGGGUUCACGUCGUAUGGACCUGAUUUUGUUGGGUUGAGGGUGCUAUAG